AUGAUGGGUGGACACCAUGACCUGGAUGCGCAUGAGCAGCCGUCGGAUGAGCUGAGACUCAAGUGGAAGUCGUUUGCCAAAGUCGACCAGAAGAUUGUCAUGAACAGCCCUGAGAUCGAUGACUUGCGCAGUCCAGAAAAGGCUCCCGAGUUCGUGCUCGCUGGCUCGAUCCCUACCAAAAUCUUGAACAAGUCGUUCAACCACAUCUGCCCCGAGAAUUCACCGGAGUUCCGCGCAGACAAGGACGCUCCGAUCUAUUACCAUCCCCUCUUGCCUGGCCUCCUAAUUCUCCCAAACAUCAUUCCCCCAGAGGUCCAAAAGACGCUCCUGCGCAACAUCAUCCACCGCGAUCUCAACCAGCCCCAUCACCAGACCAACAUGCACCUCCAUUUCAAGCUCCCCUACCCGCCCGUCGAUCCCGAAACAGGCGUUCAGGAAUCCUUCUUUUCGUACCCUCCAGAUUCCGACACUUGCUUUGAGCCCAAGGACCCUUCAGUGCACAAGCCUCUCACCUUUCAGCAAGUCUUCAACCGCAAGCUACACUGGGUUACUCUGGGCGGUCAGUAUGACUGGACGAAUCGCGUUUACCCGGGCGAGCUGCCCCCCGAGUUCCCCAAAGACAUUUCCGGCUUUCUCGAGACCCUGUUCCCCGAGACCCUCGCCCAAGCUGCCAUUGUGAACUUCUACACCCCUGGCGACACCAUGAUGAUGCACCGGGAUGUGUCAGAGGAGACCGACAAAGGUCUGAUCAGCUUGAGCAUCGGCUGCGAUUCCCUCUUCAUGAUUUGCCCUGAGGACUGGGGCAAGGUGUCAGCGGAGGAAAAACAGAAGGAGACCAAAGAAAGUGAAACUGGCAAGAGCGAGAAGAAGUUCUUGCUGCUAAGGCUACGGUCCGGCGAUGUCAUUUACAUGACCAAGGAGUCCAGAUUUGCCUGGCAUGGUGUGCCCAAAAUCUUCAAGGGUACCUGUCCCGAAUGGCUGGAGGAUUGGCCCGCGGAAGACGGAAAGUAUGAGGCCUGGAGGGGCUGGAUGAAGAACAAGCGCAUCAACAUCAAUGUUAGGCAGAUGAGAGACUGA